GGCCCCGCUUUGCAGCCCUGACUGCCACAAACUAUCACAUCCCCCCUUCUCCUCUCUCUAUUUCUUCUCCUCACACGAUUCCAGAAAUUGCAGCGAUGACUACCUCGACGCUGAGAAGCCUGGAGCCAUCCCGUGAGUAUGAGUAAUAAAGCUCAACAGAUGGCUUCCUCGAGCCUGAUUUCCCAGCCCAGAGACGCCUUCAGCAAGGCUGUCGAGCGGUUUCGGAACGGGCUCACCGAAGAGCAAAAGGCUCAAUUUGCCACCACCAGUCUGAAAGAUGUCAAACUCGAGAUCCAACGGGUCCAAGAUCGGUAUGGGCCAGAGAAGAGGCUACGGAGGAUGAGAAGACUCUCCAAAUUCUUAGAAGCCAUGUCACAGAUCGAACAGGUCGUCAGCGUCUUCCUCAACGUGCAUGAAGUCGUUGCGUUUGUCUGGGGCCCGAUCAAGCUGGGACUGGUUGUUGCCUCAGCGAGGCUCGAGACGCUGGAUUGCUUGCUUGAUACCUACGUCGAGAUUGGCGAGGUGAUUCCAGGCCUUCAGCAAUACGACAGCAUUUUCAAAGCCUGUCCGGCCGUCACGGAAGUACUCGAAAUGUAUUUCUGUGACGUCCUCCAGUUUCACGCCAACGCACUGGAUGUCUUCGCGCGACCAGCAUGGAAAGAUUUCUUCCAUUCUGCCUGGAAGACAUUCAGGAGCAAAUUCAACCCCAUCAUUGAAAGCCUCAGGCGCCAUCGGGCAUUGCUUCUCGACGAAAAAAUGACAGCUGCCAUCAUCGAAAUCCAAAAGACGCGACAAGUAACCGUCCAGCACCUACAGGACCUGACAGCUACAUCCGACACACAUUUCAAAACCCUCUUGAGUGAAAUGGAGGCGGUGUAUCGACAGCUGUCCAAGCAUAUCUACGAGAAUGAGAAGAUGGCAACUCAGCAAGAGUCGAAACGGCAGCAAGAAAAUCUAUUGGCAAUAAAAUCGGCUAUCGGAGAGAAGCUUGACGCCCCAGACUACGAAACAGACCAUCAAACAGCCGCAAGGCAACGGUUUGCGGGCUCAGGGGACGGGGUGCUCCAAGAUAAGCGCUUCUUGGAAUGGUCUCAGGGGCAAGACAAAGAGAAGCAUAAUAUCCUGUAUCUGCAUGGCAAACCUGGAGCAGGAAAAUCAAUCAUGGUUUCACGUAUCAUUGACCAUUUGGUGUCCGAGGCUACUUCACCAGUGCUAUUCUUCUACUUCCGGCACGGCGAUGACACCAAGACAUCCAUGACGGGGCUGCUUCGAGCACUUCUCGUGCAGUUGCUGUACCAAGAUGACAGCUUAACGGAACAAUUUCAUCAGAAAUGUUCCUCUAUCAGCCGUCCAGAGCUCUGUUCACUACCGAAGCUUCAGGAUCUCAUGCUCGAGACAUUGAAAAGCCAGAGGUCAUGUUUCAUUGUAUUGGACGGCCUCGACGAGUGCGGGCAAGACAAACCCAGGUCGAAGGAAAUCUCAGAGGCUAUAAUCGACUGGUUCGAACAUGUCAUCCCGAAAUGCCGGGCCGAAGGCGGACACCUGCGGCUGUUGCUCUCAGGCCAACGAGAUGGCAUUCUGGACCAACGACUGUCAGAAGUUCCCGCAAUCAGCCUGGACACCACGAACUCCCACAAGCAAGAUAUUCGACGCUUUGCGGAAGAAAGGGCACUCGAAAUCCGCCAACGGUUUUCUGUUUCUAUUGAACGCCAGGCUUCAAUUGUCAACAAGGUGACCGAUGCCUCUGAUGGGAUGUUCCUCUAUGCCAAGGUGGUACUAGAAAACCUUCUUGAGCAAGGCUCCGAGGCAGAUCUAGAAGAUGAGCUUAAUGAGAGCUUUCCCAUGGGACUAGAAGAGGCAUAUCAGCGCGUUGUUGCUCGCGUCCUGGAUCGUCCACCUCCUAGGAAGAGAUAUGCUGCAGAAAAGAUCCUACGUUGGAUUGUCUGCGCGGCUCGACCACUCUACUGGAGAGAAAUCCAGGCGUUCUUCUGCAUCAAUCCCGAGGACGGAACCUGCGAUGCCAAGAGACGCCGUGUGGAUCCAUGCAAGGCCAUCUGUGGGUCUCUUGUUGAGGUCGAGCCUUGUAGCCUUGAGCCAAAGGCAGAGUCCGAGGCCAGGUUGAAGCUUGUUCACGCGACUGCGGGAAGUUUCCUCGUCCGUUCCGGCAGAAUCAACCUGCUUUUGGAACAUGCCAACAUGGCCUUGUUCUGCUCUCGUUACCUGGCAUCACCGCCAUUUGAUCCAGCCCUAUCCGCAAAAGAAGUCAUUGAGGUAGCAAGAUCAGGCUAUUACGGUUCGCAGGACUAUGCCACGUCGUUCUGGCACCACCACAUCAGAGCCCUGCUCGACUCUCCCACAACUGGCAGACCGCAAUUAGGAGGCGGUCUUGUCGCCGCUGUGGCCGCAUUCUUUAGCCAAUUCAGUAUCCAUUCCCAGCAUGAAGCCCUCGCCGAUUCUGGAUCACUUUUGGCACCAGCAUGUGUCAGAGAUGUUGUCGACAAAUUCCAUGACGGCACCAUUGACGCCCGGACCCUGGACGAGAGAACGAUCUUCAUCAGAAAAAUCAUCGAAACAAUGGAUGUAUCCGAGCUCGACAGCAGACAACGAGCUUUCAGUUCGCUACAUGGAGUGCGUAGAUUCAAGUGCCCCAAACCGCACUGUUAUCACUUCGCCUUGGGGUUCCAGAUCCAAAAGGGUCGAGACGACCAUGUUGCGGAACAUGAACGUCCAUUCAAAUGCUCGGCAGAAUCCUGCUAUGCUCGAACGUUUGGCUUUCCUUUACGCUCGGAUCUGGAAGCGCAUGAAAAGAGUCAACACCCUCCAUCUUCGUCAAACAAGGCCCUUUUCCCCAGCUCCAGAGACAAGAACCGAGCUGAUAAUAUCUGGACUGCCUGUGCCACCGGAGAUCUGGACGCCGUUAAACGCCGCAUUGCGAAUGGGGUCGACAUACAUCAUACUGAAGGCGCUGCACGCAGAGGGCUUACCCCACUGAUUAUUGCCGCCAGAAAUGGGCGUUUAGAGGUUUGUCGACUUCUCGUCAAACAUGGGGCCAGUGUCUUCCACGCCGACUACAAGGUUCGACCUGACCUGACCGCAAUCGGAGAAGCAGUCAGGCGAUGUGAUCUCGGCUUUUUCUGGGCCCUUUUUAACUUAUCAGGAGAUGAAGAAAGAGAUGCUUUUGUUAAAGGAAACCUGCGGCCAUAUAUUCAGGCUGCAGUUCUCGCAAACUCCAAGGAAGUCCUGCCGGUGUUGCUAUCAUGGUACUCACCGUACCCAAACAAAGUCAGUUUCGCUCAACUACUUCGCGACAUUGCCUCAUGCAAAGCGGAUGAUCCAGCAGGUAAAGAAUCCUUGGAACUGAUUCUAAACCAUGAAUUUCCGAAAACCGAACCAGGAUACUCAAAAGAUACAUGGUACCCGAGUUUGGUGGAACCAGACGACAGAGGCCGUUCAGCAAUUCGCAUAUCCUGCUUGCAGGGUUCCCGACCAGUGGUGGCAUUCUUAUUAGAAAGACUAAACAAGGAUGACAUCAUGCCGCCGGAUGUUCAUGGCAACACCCUGCUCCAUUACUUCGCUCAACCUUUCCCCCCCUGCGAUGUUUUCAUCCUGAAGCAGCUAUUGGAACUCGACGAAGGGGUCUCUUUUUCUAUCGCAAACAAAAACGGGCAGAAGCCGUUACAUCUGGCCGGUGCAUAUUCAGAUCAGCUGAAUGAGUCUGCCUUGGAUCUGCUUUUGGAGUUCGGGGCCCGAUUUCUCUCGGAUGAAGACAGCAGAGGUCUCACUCCGCUACAUACUGUGGCUGGGAAGCGUCGGCCGAAAUUUGCGAGAAAACUGCUGGCAACAGGCCAGGUGGAUCUCAGGAAACCAGAUCGCGAUGGCAGAACGCCGUUCUCGACUGCAGCAAGCAUGCCUAAUGGCCGAGAAAUGAUGGAGCUUCUUCUUUCAUACGACUCGUCUCUGGCCGCGAUACCAGAUGUCUCACCCGCAGCAGCAACACCACUGGUACAUGCUGUCAACAGGGGAUACCGAAAAAAUGUCGCAUUACUCCUUAGUCUCCCGGAAGCAGACACUUUGAUGGACGACUCUUGGCCACAGUUUUUGUCAACUCCCGCGAAUCGUUUGACGGAUCCAUUGCUCAUUGGUUGCUUGGUGGCAAAGAGGGCAGACCUUGCCAAGAGGGUCCUGCGAGAUCGGAAGCUCAAGUUGGCAGCUAUUAAAGAUGGCAGCUAUGGGGCCGGCUUUAUAGUUGAGGGUUUGAACGACCACGAUAUACUUCCGCUCAUGUUCUUGCGGCAAGUUAUCACAAAUAUUGACCUCACAUCAGAACACCUGAGCAUAUUGGAUGAGGAAACUCAGCGGUUCUUCGAGGAAGAUGACUGGGAUGCAGAUUGGAAAAAGCCAAUCAUGGACAUCGACCCUGACAUACCGUUCUCAAGCCUUGCGAGUUUUGCUAUACAUGACGGAAACGCACGGCUUGUACAGUUGUUGGUUGAUGAAGGGCAUUCUCGCUCGGUCAACAAUGUGGAAACCGAUCCACUGACGGUGGAGAAGCUGGGGAACAUGAACGUAGCGGGAUGGAAUCGGGCCGCGAACAACGAUUCCUUUUGGUUGUGGGAGGAGACAAAACCCCCCGACUUGUAUUGAGGCACAUGUAUUCGGGAAUUCACAUACAUGUAAGGGUACAUGAGGUCUAGGGUACAGGAGGUCUAGUACAUG